AGGGAUCGUCGUGCAUGGCUACUGGCGCUUGUCCGGCGCUAGGUGGACACUGUUCGCGUGCGUAGUGAUGCGACUAACCCAGUCUCUUGACGGCGAAUCUCAUUAUUUCACGACUCUCUAUACCACAACAAGCAAUUCAACAAACAUGUGCUGAGACUACGGGACAGGAAAAGCCAUCUCGUAAAGCUCUUCAACCGAUACAACAGCUCAAUCACGCAAAUUAACGGAGAGCUGCGUAACCUCGGAGAAACCCCGAACGACAAGUUGUGGACCCCGAAUAUGGAGUCAUCGGCAUAUCCCGAGAAUCGCUACACCGUUACCUCCGAGGACAUUGUCCAGUUCGAGCAGGAUGAGCAAGAGGCAGCCAAGCGAAAGGCUGGCGAGUCCAAAGGUGGCGGUGAAGAGAACAUCUUCGGAACUGGCACUGCCGCACCGGCCAAAGAUCCCACGCCGGUUCCCCCUGCCACGGACCCACCCACGACCUCGCAGUCAAGUCGUCCAACGAGCUCCAGUCGCUCUCAGCAGCGAUCUGCAGAAUCGCAGAACACGUCCGGCCUCAAAACCUCGCGCCCCAAUACUGCCGGAAGUCAGAAAACCACAAGCAGUGGCCGAUCUGGCAGCGCCAAGAGCAAUGCGGGCCGGUCCAACUUGGAGAUCCUGCAGCGAGACGUCCGACGAAGGAUCCUAAAGUAUAAGAAAGAGCGAAUCAAGAAGGCAAUGGAGUUGUACAUCAAAGAAUUCGACCUGACAGUGGAUGCUCUCGCCAAAGAGCGCAUCAUCCUGGAAGGAGAUGUCAAAUCGGCCGAUAUUCGGCUUUUGCUGCUGUACAAGGAGUGGGCGCUGCUGAAGGAAUUCGAGAAGCAUGACAAUUUUCUGGCGGACAAGCGGGCCACCAAGCGACUGGAGAAGGGUGAGAUUGAUAGCAAGAUCAGCGAGUGCCAAGAAAAACUGAACAGCAAGAAGACCGAAAUCGAGCAAGCCAUCAAGCGGGAGAAGGAGAUCCAUGAAGAGUUUGUCAAGCUGAUUGGUGAGAACAACAAGCACGAGGAAUUUCUCACCAAAAUCUUCAAGAAGAAAAUCAAACGAUCCAAGAAAAAGAUCAAGACCGACGGCGAAGACGGCGAAAACAACGAGGAGAAUGAAAGCGAGGAGGACGAGGAGGAUGACGACGACAUGGACUCGUAUGACAGUGCCGACGACGACAGCGACAGCGAGGGCGAGGGUGCAGAGGAAUGUCCGCCUGACUAUGAUCAGGGCCAUUUCAACAAGAUCCUGACGCUGCGCGAGCGGCGCCUCGACCAAGAAGAUGCCCUAGCUGAGAUACAGAAGGCAAUUGAGGCAAUCAAAAAAGAGAACGACUCGCUGCUGAAGAAAGAAAAGACCAUCGAUGCCGCACUCAAGAGCACCGAGAACGAGAUCCAGGAGUUUCAGACACAGAAACAGCAGAAACUCAACGAACUUGAUGUCGUGAUACCGCUGCGACUGCAUCAGAUCCAGAUGCUGGAACAGAACGCCAUUCCCACCGAUUUCUCGCCGGCCUUGGUGUUUCUGGGAGAGGGGCUGGUCAAACUCAAGAAUCGCAUUCGCGAGCUGCAACAGGAAAAGAAUGACAUCAAGAAGAGCCACAAAGAGCUCAAGAAGAUGCACGUCAGUCUCCACAAGAGCCGAAAGGAGAAGCUGUUCAAGCUGCAAGAGCUCGAGGCCCGAGCACAUGAUGUGCAGAUGCUCAAGUUUGGACAGACGAUCGAUCUCGAGAAGCUUGAGCGAAUGGGUGUGAAUCGCAGCGCAGACGAACUCCGGGAAAAGCUGCAGAAGGAGGACAACAUACGCUCCAAGGAGCUUGGCGACUGGGAUCUCCGGAUCGGUCACCUGAAGGAGACACUUACCGAUGUGACCAAGGAUAACACCACACGGCUGGAGCAUCUGGUCGGACUCUCCGAGUCCCGGCAGCAGCUCGAAGAUGCGCUCAACACCAGCCAGUCGUCCGUGGUAUGUGUCGAUCGUAUGGCUGCAGCGCCUGAGGCGAUUCGUCCAUCUGCUAACCCGCAGGCUUGGCUCCACCACCAGACGGCCGAGUACUCUGGGCCCCUCCAGAAGGAUGUCAUCGAGCGACGCAAGCUGAUCAAGUUGGUGCAGGCGCAGGAGCAGGAGAUUGGGCGCUUGAAGCAGGAGAUCGAGGUGCUGAUCCGCAAGCCGCUGAGGCAAUUGCCGCCUGUGCGCUAUCCCGUCGAGCAGCACGGUGCCGCCCAAGACGAGUAGCGGGAUGGGCUGGGAAGGGCAGGCGCUCCGGCCAUGUUGCCUUGGUCUUCUGGGAUGUGGGCCUCUGUGUGCCAAUGGCUUGAAUGACUGAGGGUGUUUGCAGAUGGGCAUAGAUUCGGGCUGGGCAAACGAACACUGUUCAUGAAGCACAACACAUUUCAUCGACUCGCAUCGCGAGCGCCACAGAGCAUCAGCCCCCAUCAGGGGUUCUCGCCGUGCCAAUAUGCAAUCUCGCUGCGUCCCGCUGCUUUCUGCCAUGC